AUGUGCAUCAGCUCCAUUGGUAGCCUGAUGGAUGAUUAUCAAGAAAUGGAAAGGUUUGGCAUGGAGAAGGAUUAUGAGGACAGUCAAUGGCUUGGCAGCGAGUUCUAUUAUCGCAAGCGCAAGGAUAAGCGCAUCCAGACCAAAGAUGAUGUACUCUAUGGCAUAUUCUCUGCUGAUUCCAACGAUGAUGAAGACAAUGAGGGCUCCAGAAAACGCAGGAAAGACCAAAAGGUCGACCUCACCAAGCCCGUCAAUUUUGUCUCCACCGGCAUCGUCUUGCCCAACCAGGAGAUGGACAAAAAUUUAAAGCAGCAAAAUGAUGACCUUGGUGCUUGCGGCGUUGGCACUAGUGGCCUUGGCUUUGGUGCCGCUAUGGGUUCAGGUUUGGGUUUUAAUAAUUUGAAUUCCGGUUUGGCUUUGAAUAAUUCGAAUUUAGAUCCCACUGGGGGAGAGGAGGAUGAGGAAAACGACACGAAUUUUCUGCCAAUGGCGUUUGGGAAGAAAAUAAAGGAGGGAGCAGAGAGGAGACAAAAGGAGAGGGAAAAGCUCAAAUUGCUCAAGCAGACUAGUAGUCAAUCUCAAAGUCGUAGAGAUUCUGAGGAAUCUCAGUUUGGACUAUGA